AUGGCAUCAUUAAUAGUAGCUGGUGUUGUUGCGGCAGUAACUGAAGGAGCCACCGCAGUUGCAGGAACAGUAGCCACAACUGAAGCAAUAGCUGGAACAGCAGCUGCUGAUGGUGCUACAUCUGAAUUGGCAAUAGCUGGAAGUGCUGCUACAGCUGCAGCCAGUGUAGCUGCUGAAACAACAACUGUAGCAGCUGGAAGUGCUGCAGCAGCAUUAAUAGAUAUUGGUGCAGCUGCUGAAACAUGUACUCUAGCAACAUCAGGAGGUUUAGAUAUUGCAGGAUUAUCAUCUACUAGUUCAAUAGCAGCUCUUGGUGAAGUAGGCGGAACAGCAUUAACAGGCGUAUCAAGUAUGACACCAACAAUAGCAGAAGUAGCUGCAAUGCAGGCAGGACUAGCCAAUGUCAAUGCAUUAAUAGCGGCUGAAGAUGCAGCAUAUUUCGGAGGUGUUACUGCUGCUGGAGCAUCAGUUGGUGGUGGUACAACAACAGCAGCAGCAUCAUAA